UGCGAAAGAGUACACCCGAUCAAGCAAGGGACAUAAGUUUCAUUUUUGAAACUUCAAGGGAGGUGCAUGACAUUUACCCGGAGCGUUUUCUUUUAUUGCGGAUGCCGAGGGUAGAUUCAAACAGUUACUUUGCUGUCCACGUCAACAGUGCUCCAACGUUGCUCCGCGUGGUGAUAAUAGAAGCAGCCACGUCACCUCUCAAUCAACCUCCCUCCGUUUUCUGGACGACAAUUUGGAAACUGAAAUCACAGUCGUAGCUCUGAAAAAGAAAAUGAGAAAAUUUUCUUCGAUGGCUUCGUUACUCUAUCUAGGAUUGUACAUCCAAAGGGGAACUUAUAAUAAGAAGGUUGGCAUAAAUGUGCUUCGCUCUUAUUCUCGCCUUUUAUCUCCAAAGCCUCCAGGACCACUAAUGCAGUACAGAAAACUGAUUGAGGAGGGGAAGCUGCGGCGGGAUCCUAACCAGGAAAGGAUUGCUUUGGCAUUAGAGAAUUUGCUUGGGAGAUUAGAACAAUAUGAAAAAUAUAUGGAGGAAUAUCAUGUAAACCUAGCCAACUGGGAGAAAAAAAGAGAGUAUGAGAGGCGCAAGCUAUUGAUGGAGGAAGCUGAGCUAAAGCAGCAGGGAGAUCUGUUGGGUUCAGUAAACAAGAAUAGGAAUCAAAUAUUGGAAAGAUUGAUGCUUUGGAAAAAACCUAGAAAUGUAGAAUCAGGAGUGGGUAAAUGGGUUUCAUACCUUAACCGAGAAAGGAAGUUGGAUUCUCUUGUUGGUCGGCGUCCAACUGCUCCUCCAGCCCCGAAAGGAGUAUAUAUAUAUGGCAAUGUUGGAAGUGGCAAAACCAUGCUUAUGGACAUGUUUUAUUGUGGCACUCAAAGAAUUGUUAAACAUCGACGAAGGUUUCAUUUUCAUGAGGCUAUGCUCAAAAUUAAUGAACAUAUGCACCAGUUCUGGAAAAAUCAAGUGGAGGAAAAGUCUUUGCAAUCUAACAUAUCUAGUUGGAUUACGAGUCUUCCAUUCGAUAUGAAAGUUAAGGAAUGGGUAGCUGCAGAAGAAAGAUAUAAGCAGGAUGUUCAGAUGAAAGAUAUUCUUCCUGCGGUAGCUGAUAAGUUUCUUAUGGAGUGGCAUGCAGAUCAAAGAGGGGCCAGCAUUCUUUGUUUUGAUGAGAUACAGACUGUGGAUGUGUUCGCUAUUGUAGCCUUAUCCGGAAUUUUGAGCAGAUUGUUGAGUACUGGAACUGUUCUUGUGGCCACGAGUAACAGAGCACCACAUGAUUUAAAUCAGGAUGGGAUGCAGUGGGAGUUAUUUCAAAAAUUUGUUUCAAAAUUGGAGAAGCAUUGUGAGAUUAUUGCAAUUGGAAGUGAAAUCGAUUACCGUCGCCUUAUAGCACAAAGAUGUAUGGACCAGGUCCACUACUUCUGGCCCUUGGAUGGUGGUGCUCUGACGGCAUUUGAGACAAUGUGGGAGCAAGUCACAAACCAGUUGGGAGGAAAAAUCACGUCCUAUACCAUCCCGGUGAUGUUUGGGAGAACAUUGGAAGUUCCUCAAAGCUGUAAUGGAGUGGCACGCUUAACAUUCGAGUAUCUAUGUAGUCGCCCGUUAGGUGCAGCAGAUUACAUUGCAGUAGCACAAAACUAUCACACUGUUUUCAUCUCUGACAUUCCAGUAAUGAGUAUGCGAAUUCGUGACAAGGCACGUAGGUUUAUCACCCUAAUUGAUGAGCUAUACAACUAUCAUUGCUGCCUCGUCUGUUCUGCAGCUUCUUCUAUUGAUGAUUUAUUUCAAGGAACUGAAGAGGGUACACUUUUUGAUUUGGAAAGUUUCCAGUUUGAAACAGAGAUAGAGGGAGGGAAACUUCGCCGAAAUGUUUUGGCAGAAGGCUCUGUGAGUUCAGGGGGUUCACCCACUGGUAUAAUUUCCAUGCUAUCUGGACAAGAAGAGAUGUUUGCCUUCCGCCGAGCAGUCUCUCGCUUGAUUGAAAUGCAGACACCUCUAUACGUGGAAGGAGUUCAUUCUCUUCAUCCAUUUUUCCAAAACAAAAUCAAGAGUAUGUAAAUAGUCAUGCAAGUGCCUUCUCGAUCCCAAUCAUUGAUCAAGAGAAUAAAUCCAUUGUGCUUAUAGGGACCCCUUUCAACCAUGCAUAUACAGAAGAAUGCUUGCCCUUCCUCAUUUUCUAUUUAUUUUAUUCUAUUAUGAUUUAACCAUUUUCAAUUGGUUAUUAUGAGGAUGGAUGCAGAAAUGUCUUGUAAGAAAAGAUGUUAUUCAUAUAGUACUGAGUGACAAGUUGACAUCUGAACUCUGUACAUGAUUCACAUUUGUCCCUUUUGAUUUAAUAAUCUAGAAUUUUCAGUGGAUGCCCGCCCCAAUUUUGGAUUCA